AAGACAGAGAGAAGAGGGGGAGAGGUUGGUGGGGAGAUUUUACUGAUUGUGGGUGGGGGGGGAGGAGGUGGAGAGUCGUUGGAGCUGUUCUCGGUCUGCUCUUCUUCAUCGGAGGGCGUGCAAAUUUGGGAUCUUUCUGGGCGUUGCGAGUUCUCUGUUUUUCUCUUUCCCCCCUCUCUUGCUGAGGGCGCUCCCCGAAUUGGGUUCUCUUCACCCGCCCGUCGCUGUUGUUGGGCUCUCCGGUUCUUCAAGGGGGGGCAUUGGUGGGGAGUCCGGGUGUGGCGGCGCCGGUCUGGAGAUUCGCGAGUGCCACUCCGUUGUCGCGUGUUUUCCGGUGGAGCUUCGGUCCGUAACAGUGCCUUGAAUUGUGGGGGUGGGGUGGGGGGGGGGGGGGGGGCUUCGAGGAGUGUUGAAGAAGCUAAUGUUCCUUCUGAUGGAGAGCAAUAAAGGUCAUAAAGUGGAGGGAGGGCUUCUCUCAUCAGUCAUCAACUGGAGCUAAAGUGUGUGCGUAUGGUGUCUCUCUGUUUUGGUAACGGAAGUUGAAAAGCAGAGAGAGAGAGACAGAGAGAGAGUUUUGGUUUUCCUGGGAAUCUCAUAGACCCUCGCUUUUGCUUUCUCUUUGCGAUUUUGAAAUUUGGCGGAUCUGCUUUUGAUCUUUGGCCCUCACUUCGGACUUGAAAUAAAAGUUGCGUUGUGGUUUUGAACCCGAGAUAAAAACUGGGUCUUGCACUUUCUUCACCUUCUUCUUCUUCACUGUCAGCUCGGUGUUGAGUGUACCGGGUGGGAAGCAUUCAUGCAUCUUUCACUAUGGAAGCCUAUAUCUCACUGUGCAGCUAUCAUAUUCUUGGAGAAGAGAAGCAGGAGGAGAAAGGGAUCUGCUUUCGAUGACGGCAAGCGAAAGCCGUCGACACUGCGCCAGUUGCAAGAGAACAGGCUUAGAGAGGCUCUGGAAGAAGCUUCCGAAGAUGGGUCUCUCAAGAAGUCCCAAGACAUCGAUACCGAGUCCCCCAAUCAAGACAACAGCAUCGGGAGAUCAAGAUCUCUCGCCCGGCUUCAUGCCCAGAAGGAAUUCUUGCGAGCCACGGCCCUUGCUGCGGAGCGCAUUUACGGCAGCGAAGACUCGAUUCCUGAUCUAACGGAAGCGUUCAACUUGUUCCUCACAAUGUACCCCAAGUUCGAGUCCACUGAGAGAAUCGACCAUUUGAGAUCGAACGAGUACGGACACCUCUCCGAAGCUUUCGCCAAGGUAUGUCUCGAUUACUGUGGAUUCGGGUUGUUCUCUUAUCUUCAGACCCAGCAGUAUUGGGAGUCGUCAGCAUUUACCUUGUCCGAGAUAACGGCGAAUUUGAGUAACCAUGCUUUGUAUGGUGGGGCUGAGAAAGGUAGUGCAGAACAUGAUAUCAAGACUAGGAUCAUGGAUUACUUGAAUAUUCCUGAAAAUGAGUAUGGACUUGUGUUUACGGUGAGUAGAGGGUCUGCAUUUAAGUUGCUGGCCGAGUCUUAUCCUUUCCAUACGAAUAAGAAGCUGCUGACUAUGUUCGAUCAUGAGAGCCAAUCUGUCAAUUGGAUGGCUCAGAGUGCUAAAGAAAAAGGUGCUAAGGUACAUAGUGCCUGGUUCAAAUGGCCUACUUUGAAACUUUGCUCGAGGGAGCUGAGAAAGCAAAUAUCGAGCAAGAAAAGGAGGAAGAAGGAUUCGGCCGUUGGGCUUUUCGUUUUUCCCGUCCAGUCUAGGGUAACUGGUGCCAAGUACUCUUACCAGUGGAUGGCACUUGCACAGCAGAACAAUUGGCAUGUAUUACUUGAUGCCGGUUCAUUGGGUCCCAAGGACAUGGAUUCUCUUGGUCUCUCCCUCUUCCGACCGGAUUUUAUCAUCACGUCGUUUUACAGGGUGUUUGGAGCUGACCCAACGGGAUUUGGAUGCCUCUUGAUCAAAAAGUCUGUGAUGUCCAGCCUGCAAAACCAGUCUGGACUCACUGGCACUGGAAUGGUGAAGAUCGUCCCGGUAUUUCCCCAAUAUUUGAGUGAUUCUAUGGAUGGUCUUGAUGUAUUUGCGGGAUUUGAAGAUGAAGUGAUGAACGGUAAAGAAGAACCCACACCUGAAGCUCAAGGUGGGUCAAGUAUGCCUGCAUUUUCAGGUGUAUUUACAUCCAAUCAAGUGAGAGAUGUCUUUGAGACCGAGUUGGAACAAGAUAACAGUUCGGAGAGGGAUGGAGCGAGCACCAUAUUCGAGGAAAUGGAAAGCAUUUCAGUUGGAGAGGUCAUGAAGAGUCCUAUAUUCAGUGAAGAUGAUUCUUCUGACAAUUCAUACUGGAUCGACCUAGGUCAAAGUCCCUUUGGUUCUGACCACUCUGGCCAAUUUCCCAGGCACAAAACAAGCCCACCAUUGCAGCAGUCGUGGAUUUCUGUCAGGAGAAACAAUAAGCGCGUCUCACCUAAGCCUGCAUCAAGGAUAUCUAUGAGCCCUAUUUACGAUGAGCGCAGAGUCAAUCUCAGACUGCAGGAAGAUCCUGUGUUGUCUUUUGAUGCAGCUGUGCUAUCAGUGUCGCAGGAGUUGGAUCGCGUGAAGGGAAUUCCUGAAGAGGAAGAACUAGAUUCUGCUGUUGGAAGCAGGGAAGUUUCUGCGACCUCCCAUCAUUCAGGGGAGAUUCAGGAAGAACGUGAAAUCCAGGGCGAACCUGGGUUCAAUGGUUCCAAGUUGAGCGCCAGCAUAAAUGGAUUCAAACCCAGUCAGUGUCAUGGUCUCCAGAAUGGACAAGUGGAGAGUUCCUUGCAAUCGGACUUUUGCCGAGAAGUGAAAGAAAGUGCUAUUAGGAGAGAGACCGAGGGCGAGUUCAGACUUUUGGGUGGAAGAGAAAGAAGUAGAUUCUCCAUAUUAGAAGACAGUAACCGGUUUGCGAGCAUGGGUCGCAGGGUAUCUUUCAGUGUGGAAGACAACCAUACUGGAAGCUCGAGCCACUUGUAUCAUCCAGGGGAAGCUUCCAUGACUUCUCUUGGUGAUGAAGAGUCGUUGAGCAAUGGGGACUAUGAUGAUGGGCAAGAGUGGGGAAGACGGGAGCCAGAGAUAAUCUGCCGGCAUCUUGAUCACGUGAACACUUUAGGUCUCAAUAAAACCACUUCGAGACUACGCUAUUUGAUUAAUUGGCUCGUCACUUCGUUACUUCAACUGCAGCUACCCAAUUCGGAAGGGGCUGUUAAAAUUCCCCUUGUACAAAUAUAUGGCCCCAAGAUUAAGUACGAGAGAGGUGCCGCUGUGGCGUUCAAUAUACGAAAUGGUGGAGAAGGAGGGUGGGUCCUCCCAGAGAUUGUUCAGAAGCUGGCUGAGAAGAACGGAAUAUCACUAGGGGUCGGAAUUCUCAGCCAUAUACGGAUAGUAGAUGCCCCGAAACAGCGACUUGGGUCUCUUGAUCCUGAAUCUAUGGCCUUGUGCAAGCCGAUGGCGAACGGAUACAAGGGAGGGAAGAAUGCGUUCUUCCGAGUUGAGGUUGUUACCGUGUCACUCGGUUUCCUGACCAACUUCGAGGAUGUCUACAAGAUGUGGGCGUUUGUUGCCAAAUUCCUAAGUCCUUCAUUCGUGAACGGGGAUGCUUUGUCUACUGUUCCAGAGGAAUUGGAAACGUAGUGUAGGAAGGGGCAUCCGUGGGUUUUCUUUCCAAAAUCCUUGAUGUAGGCCACCGGUGCUUUUUGCAGCAGAGUGUGGUCAGAAGUUUUUUGAGCUUGACGCAAGGGUUUCACUGGUUGAUUCUAUAGUAGCAAACAGCAGAUCAUGUAAAGGUUUGGUUAUCUUUCUGGUUUUUUUCCCUCCCUUUUGGGGCUCUUUCACUGGAGACUGAUCCUCGUGAGGAGAUGAAUUUGUUUAUUCUUGUGGUCACAUUACAUCUACUGAAUGUCUUCCCUUCCUAUGUAUUACUCAUGAUUCGGUUCCGUGUAGAGUUUAAUGUACUGAUUAGCAUAUAAACAGUUCAGGAAGUAAAAUGGGAUUUUCGAGAUGAA